AUGGAUCCACUAAGCUUGAGUGCCAGCAUCAUCGCCGUGCUACAGCUUACUGGAAUGUUACUGUCGUACAUAAAUGAUAUGCAGAAUGCGACGAAAGAUCAAGCACAAUUAGCAGUAGAGGUCUCAAACAUCUACAGUCUCCUCAUAUCUCUCAGGUUUCGGGUAGAGCAGUCUAAUUGUCACGAUCCGUGGUUCACGGCUGUACGCAGCCUGGGAAUAGAAGAUGGACCUCUUGAACAGAUAAGGAGGGCUCUACAGCGAUUAGUACCAGAGGUUGAACCAUCCCGCGGCAUGAAGAAGCUAGGAAAGCAGCUUAUGUGGAAGUUUGAGAAGUCUGAGAUGGGUGAUAUUCUGGACCAAAUCGAACGAAUCAAAACACUUGUCAGCAUUGCUCUCACCGAUGACCUUUUCAGUCUUUCCCAAGCCAUGAAACAAGAGCUCAGUGCCAUAGGUAAAAGAGUGUCUGGGAUCAAUGAUGGAGUCAUAGCACUUCAUGACCGUCAGCAGAGAAUAAGCGAGGGUGUUUCGGAUAUUAGUGUUGGUGUGACUUUCCUCAAUCUAGGACAGCAAGAGGAGGAGCGUCGCAAGAUUGAAGAAUGGCUGUCUCCAAUAAACUUCAAGUCUAGACAACAAGAGAUCUUGAAAGGUGCGGAACCUGGCACCCGCCAAUGGCUCUUCAAUUCCGAGAAGUUCCGAAAUUGGAUCGACGCAGGUCGAGGUAGUCUAUGGUGUCCUGGGAUACCUGGUGCGGGCAAGACAGUUACCUCGUCACUCAUCAUCGAUCACUUGCAAUCAAAGUACCAAACAGGAGAUGUUGCAGUGCUUUGCCUGUUGUGCAACUACAGAGAUCGAGCGGCCCAAAGUGCAGAAACUUUCAUGGCGAAUUUGUUGAAGCAAGCCAUACAACAGAAACGGAUCCUCUCACCGGAGCUCAAAAACAUGUACGAUGAGCGCGAUCAGGGUCGGCCAAAUUUUACCAAAUUAGCAGAGUUGUUCAGUCACGAAAGUAGUUACUUUUCCAAGGCGUUCGUCCUGAUAGAUGCUCUGGAUGAGACUUCAGAGCAUGAAGACAUUAGAAGGCUUCUGCUAUCGGAGCUUCAAAGACUACCGAUAAAUCUGCUGGUAACGUCACGGUACGAAAAGUCGAUCGAGCAACGGCUUGAGAAAGCCGAGCGUCUGGAUAUAUGGGCCAUGGCUGCGGAUGUUCAAACCUACGUAAAAGCUCGAAUCCCUUCUGAAACCUUACUCGCACGGCAUAUCCAAGCAGAUCCAAGCUUGGAGAAGACUAUUGUGGAUAAGAUAGUGGAAAAGUCGCAAGGGAUGUUCAUUAUGGCUAGAUUCCACAUGGAUUCCCUUGUGACUAAGACCAAGCGUAAAGAUGUUCGCAAAGCCCUGGAAAGCCUGCCACCAGAACUGGAUGGGAUAUAUGAGCAGACGAUUGAACGGAUUGAAGGCCAAGGCAAGGAUUACUCAGAACUGGCCAAAAGAGUCUUCCUCUGGGUUGCAAAUGCCCAUCGGCCACUGUCGCCGGUCGAGCUGCAACACGCGGUUGCUGUCCAGCCUGGUAUGACCGAGCUAGACGACGAAGAUCUAGACGACCAAGACCUGUUGGUCUCAGUCUGCGCCGGUCUUGUAGUUCUUGAUGCAGAGACUCAUACACUUCGCUUCACCCAUUACACCACGCAGGAGUACUUCGACCGCAAAGGAGAGAGCCUUUUCGGGGAUGCCCACGCUCACAUCGCAACGACCUGUGUAACAUAUCUGGAUUUUGUAGACUCGCCCUUGGACGAUGACGGGUUACAAAUAGCCGGCCAUGGUCCUUUUCUCAAACUCAGAGAACUGUCCAGUCACUACCGCCUGAUGCGCUACGCAAGCACAGAAUGGGCAGAUCAUGCUCGAAGAACAGCAAAUGCACUUGCUGUAGAUACAGUGAUAAAUUUCUUGAAUAAACCAAACCACGUGAUUAUAGAUGAUAUUCUCGAAUACCGUGGCAAUAUCUCCGAGAACAAUCCUAGUGAUGAUUUAUCGCUUCGACCUUCAGCUCUACACAUAGCCGCCAUAUAUGGAUUACAAUACGUGGCGCAAGAACUACUCGAUGAGGGCGCUCCACCAGAAUGUCGCGACUUCUAUGGACGAACCCCUUUGUAUUUCGCGGCCAUGUUUGGUGAACCGCGCAUUGUGGAAAUGCUGGUAGCGAGAGAUGACGUCAAUAUCAAUACUCAAACGAAUCUGCCUUGGUCAUGGACACCUCUAAUUGUGGCAGUAUCUCACAACCGAUUGGAGAUCGUACGAGCCCUGCUGCAAGGCGGAGCUGAUGUGAGCCUUCGUUCAAAGGAUGGUACAGCAUUGACUCUCGCGAUCCGGAACGGGGAUGUAGCCAGUACCAAGCUUUUGCUUGAAGCUGGAGCCAGCCCUGAUACUCGAGAUGAGAACAACAAUCCUAUGAUAUUCAGGGUAUUUCAAGCGGCCAACUUUUGGUCGGGUACAGACGGGAUGUCUUCCUCAGUACUACUCAUGGAGCUCCUGCAAAAACACGGGUCUGAUCUCAAAGCCAAAGACAAAUCACAAAGGACCCUUCUGCACAUGGCAGCCGAGCAAGGCGAUUUCAAAGCUGCACAAGUGCUACUUGCUAAAGGCCUUGAUCGCAAAGCUGUCGACCUCGACGGUCAAACGCCACUGGAUAAAGCUCUCGGCUGCGGACCACCGACUUAUAUCCAUAAAACUGCUCACUAUAAAUUCGAGGCAUGGCGUGCUACCAUCGUAGAACUACUAUCCGAAAAGGAGUCAGGGGUUGAUAGUAUUGACGGUUCUUGUGACGCCCCAACAGCGAGCUCGCAAUGA